UACAAAAAAGCUUAUGGUUUCAACAUCAAGCCCAUGAGGGACCAAGAGCAUUGGACAAAGAUGGAAGGAGUGGAGGUGUACCCAUCUGUGUACACCAAGGUCAUGGGUAGACCAAGGAGAAAUAGAAAGAAAGAUCCAGAAGAGAAGCUUGACAAGGAAGGUGGGAAGAAACUGACUAAACAUGGUGUAACUAUGCACUGCUUUAUCUGUGGAGCAGGAAAUCACAACAAGAAAGGUCACAAGAAAUGGGAAGAAACCAAAAGAGAGGCACCACUAGCAGAAGAUGAUGAUUUAGAAGAGGAGUUUGAUGAUCCAUCCAUAAUUUCAAACAUCAUGGCACACACAGUUCAUCCAUCAAUGGAUCCAACCCAAACACCAGGAUCAAUGGUUUUUCUCAUGCAACAAAUGGAGAGGAUGUCAUAUCAACCAGUCAUGGACCAUGGACCUCUUCCUGAAUCUUCAUUUGUUGCACAAGCCAGAGCUAGCAUUCCUGCACAUAGAGUGACAACUACUAUGGCAACUGGAAGAGUGAGAAGGAGGGGUGUUACUGAAGAUAUACCAGAGGAUGUGCCUCAGUCCAUCCAGCAAACAAGUGAUAAUGUAAGAGGUAGGAAGAGGCAUGCUACAGGAGGUGGUGGUAGAGGAAAUGCUGUAAGAGAUGGGAGAGGAAAUGCUACAAGAGGUGGGAGAGGAAAUGCUACAGGAAGAGGAAGUAGAAGGACAGGAGGAGUAAGUGCAAGAGGAAGAGGCGCAAGAGGGAAUGAUGGAAGGGGAGGAGGUGCAAAUGCCAAUGGAGGAGGGACUGGAUUAGGGGUUGGAUUAUGGAACUUGAUGUUUGGAGCUGAUGCCGAUAGGUCCCGUGUGGCAGCAGAGGAAGAGCCAAUCACACAAAACGCACCAGAAGGCAAUGAGUGGGAUGAUGACUUCCUCUACAUGUAGAUGUGAAAACUGAUGCACAAGUUUAUGACUGAACUUUAUGGAAUGCAACUAUGUUCACCAAUGAACUUGAUCUAUUUCUUUAGGGCCUCUUUACAUGUAAUGAACAUGUCAGUUUACAUGCUUUCUUUUAUUUUGUUCUAUUUCCAUUUUUAUCUUUUUACUUAUUUUCUUGUUUCUAUUUUCUUUUACUUAUAUAAUAGUUUAUAGUUGAGGUAAUAUC